AUGAGUGCCCAGACGAUCCCCGCUGAGCCUACGACCGCCAAGCGCGCCGCCGAACAGUUCGAUCAAGAGUUCCAGCGAUACACGACCAAGGAGUCUGCCAAGAGUGCGCGUGCUGUGGCUAUGGCCCGUGCCGAACUGGCUAAGUACAACGCUCUAGUGUUCCAGGAUAAGAAGCUAGAGGAGGCUGGGAUCAAGAAAGGUCGAAUGUCCCCCGAGCUUCGCGAAGUUUACGAGAAGAAGAUCAAAAACCUGGAGGACGCCUUGGACACAUUCCACCGCUCUGUGGCCGGCUACAACCGUACCAAGGCCAUCUUGAGCUUCGUGUUGCUCGUGGCCUUUGCGCUCAUGAUGUUCUUCCAGCCGUGGGCCAAACACUUUGACGACCCCAAAGAUCUCACGUACGACGAGUACGCGGCUCUCGAUGAGGAACCGAGCGAGACGAUCAAGGAGACACCACAAGCCGCCGGUCUCAGCGACGAGCUGUAA